AUGGUAAAUAGAAACCAAAUUGCUGAUAAUGUCAUGCAGCAGAUUCGACAUGAUGAUAUGCCAGUAGAUAACAAUUUGGCAACCAUGGUUGAAAGGAUUAUGGUUCGAAAUGGGGUACACUUUGGCCUUCAAAGGCAAAAUUAUACAUCACCUUUGUCGGAAUAUAUCCUACAGACAGAAACACCCCUCAGAACAAAAAUCCACAAAUUCACUAAGUUUUAUGGGGAUACUACUGAAUCCACUAUCGAACAUGUGGCUAGAUAUUUAAUAGAGGCGGGAGACAUUUCGAAGAACCAAAACCUUAAGAUGAAAUAUUUCCCAAGUUCUCUCACAAAGAAUUCCUUCACCUGGUUUACCAUCUUGCCACAAAAUUCGAUUCAUACUUGGAAUCAGUUAGAAAGAAUGUUCCAUGAGCAGUUUUACAUGGGACAAACAAAGAUAAGUCUGAAGGAAUUGACCAGUAUUAAACGAAAGUUCACUGAGCUAAUUGAUGAUUAUAUAAAUAGACUUCGAUUACUCAAAGCUAGGUAUUUUACACAUGUACCAGAGCAUGAAUUGGUCGAAAUGGCCGUUGGGGGCCUUGACUAUUCUAUCAAGAAAAAGUUAGACACCCAGUAUUUGAGAGGUAUGGCCCAACUGGUUGAUAGGGUUGGACAGUUAGAACGCUUGAAGGAACAAAAGGCUAGAGCAAAUAAGAAUAAAAGAGUAGCCUACGUCGAAUUCAGUAAUGAUGACGAAGGGUCCUAUAAUGGGCCUUUAGACUUCGAGGAAAAUGAAAUCGACCUUGCUGAGUUGAAACAAAGACCAUCUUAUGCUUGUAAGGUCUUGGCCCUGUCGAAUGGAAAAAACCCUAUUGAACCAGAAAAGAAUGAUAAAUUUCCUAAGAAAACUUACACUUUCGACGUUACAAAAUGUGAUGAAAUCUUCAAUUUAUUAGUUAAGGAUGGUCAAAUGUUAGUGCCUCCUGGUGCUAAAGUGUCUCCUUUAGAACAAAGAAAGAAAAUAAGGUUUUGCAAGUACCAUAAUUUUUCGGGUCAUAAAACAUAUCAAUGUUUUCUUUUCAGGGAUCUUGUUUAG